AGCAUUUAGGGAUUGGGGGAAUGAGUCAACCAAAUCAAUUAUGUCAGUGAGUUCAUUUAGUCAGUUUUUGAUUGGUCAAACUGAGGAAAAAGCUUUACUUGUGUUGUAGCUCUAAAGUCCCCUCUCUCAAUAACCAAACUACAUAUUUUCAACUAUUUGUUCUUUGAAAACUUUAUAUUUGACUUCUCUUUCUACAUUUAUGGGGCUUGGUCGAUGUGUAUGAAGUUCCCUGAUACUGAAGCCAUAUAUCUAGAGCCACAGUUAAGAGAGCUUUAGACACAUCUCUGAAAGGUAGUUACUUGCACAAACACAACUGGUUCUUGCUCAACUCUCGUACUACUUUCUACCAGAGUUUUUCAAAUGCAAAAUCCAAGAUGCCACUUCCUAAUUCUUUUCAUUCAACUUGUCUCCAUCAUUAGCUUUUGCCACUACGUAAUGCUAAUAAGAGGUGAAGAUGAAACUAGUCCUGCAAAGGUGGAUGUCGGUAUAAUUCUUGAUCUGGAAACAGUUGUGGCAAAAGUAAUACACAUAUCUAUCUUACUAGCUCUUUCAGAUUACCAUGCCGCUGCUAGUCGCAGUACCAUUAGGAUAGUUCCUCACUUGAGGGAUUCCAAGAAAGAUGAUGUUGAAGCAGCAUCCGCUGCCAUAUACUUGCUAAAGGAUGUCCAAGUACAAGCUAUCUUUGGGCCACAACUGUCUACACAAACUGAUUUUGUGAUUGACAUAGGGUACAGAGCAAAAGUCCCUAUCAUUUCUCCAGCAACAAGUCCUUCACUUUCAGUCAAAGAAAAUCCCUUCUUCAUCAGAGGAGCACUUCCUUCUUCCAGCCAGACUAAAGCCAUUGCAGCAAUUGUUAAAAACUAUGAUUGGAGGCAGGUAGUAAUCAUCUACGAGGAUAGCUCCUAUGGAACUGGAAUAGUUCCACAUCUGACUGAUGCCUUACUGGAAAUCAACACUUUAGUCUCCUAUAGAAGUGUUAUUUCUCCUUCAGCCAAUGAUGAUCAAAUCUUCAAGGAGCUAUACAAUUUGAAUACAAUGCAGACCAGGGUGUUCGUCGUGCACUUGCAACCAUAUCUUGCAUCACGCCUUUUCCUCAAGGCCAAAGAAUCCGGGAUGAUGAGCAGUGGAUAUGCAUGGAUCAUCACAGAUGUGCUAACGAGUCUUCUGGACUCGGUAGAUCCUUCAGUGAUUGAGUCAUCAAUGCAAGGUGUUCUUGGUAUAAAGCCUUAUGUUCCGAGAUCAAAUGAGCUUAACAAUUUCACCAAGAGAUGGAGAAAGAGAUUUCGUCAAGAGUAUCCAGACAUGGACCCAGUUGAACUCAAUGUUUUCGGACUAUGGGCAUAUGAUAGCAUCACUGCAUUAGCAAAAGCAGUAGAGAAAGUGGGCACUACUGCUAUCCCAAAAUUGAAGAAAGCAGACUCUAGAGAGAAAUUAACAGACUUAGAUGCACUUGGAACCUCAGAAUUGGGAUCUCUGCUCCUUGAGUCUAUGCAAAACUUAACGCUAAAAACAGGACUAAGUGGUGAAUUCCGUAUCAUUGACGGAGAAUUGCAGCCAUCCCCAUAUGAGAUUGUGAAUAUAAUUGGGAAAGGAGAGAGAAGCGUUGGAUUCUGGACGGAGAAGGAUGGUGUUUCGUAUAAACUGAAGAUGAAUGUUAAAACAGCUAAAAGUAAUAAUAAACAACUAGGGACCAUCAUUUGGCCCGGUGAAUCUACUAUUGUUCCAAGAGGCUGGGAAAUACCCACAAGUGCGAAGAAGUUAAGGGUUGGAGUUCCUGUCAAAGGAGGGCUGGAGCAAUUCAUUAAAGUGGAAAUAGAUUCGAAAACACGAGCAGUAACUGCAACUGGUUUCGCUCCAGAUGUCUUCGAAGAAGUCAUCCAAUCUUUGCUGUACGCUGUCCCUUAUGAAUAUAUUCCAUUUCCAAUAGCACAUAGCCCCACUUCUCAAGACUAUGAUGAUCUUGUUAAGAAGAUCUUUUCUCAGGAAUAUGAUGCAGUUGUAGGUGAUGUCACCAUUUUAGCGAGCCGAUUGGAGUAUGUGGAUUUCACAUUACCUUUUUCAGAGUCGGGUAUUUCUGCAGUUGUGCCAGUAAGGGAUGAUGAGAGGAAGAAUGCUUGGAUUUUCUUGAAACCUCUAAAGAGCGAGCUUUGGAUUACAACUGGAGCAUUCUUUGUCUUCAUUGGUUUUGUGGUUUGGGUACUCGAACAUCGUGUAAACAAAGAGUUUCGGGGACCCAAACGCGAGCAAAUUGGGAUGAUAUUCUGGUUUUCAUUCUCAACUCUCAUUUUUGCUCACAGAGAGAGGGUAACAAGCAACUUAACAAGAUUUGUGCUGAUUGUGUGGGUUUUCGUGGUUCUGGUGCUGACAUCCAGUUAUACAGCGAACUUAACAUCUAUGUUAACAGUGCAACAGCUCCAACCUACUAUAACAGACCUCUAUGAUCUCAUCAAAAAGGGAGAAUAUGUUGGGUACCAAGAAGGUUCCUUUGUCAAAGACGUCUUGAAGCGAAUGAAAUUCGACAGCUCCAAGUUAAGAAGUUAUAGCACAUUGGAAGAGUAUAAUGAUGCCCUCUCAAGAGGAAGCAAAAAUGGAGGUGUAGGUGCAAUUGUUGAUGAACUACCUUAUCUCAGACUCUUCCUCAACAAGUACUGCAGGAAGUAUAUUAUGAUCGGUCCGACAUACAAGGCUGCUGGCUUUGGAUUCGCAUUUCCAAAAGGAUCUCCUUUGGUACCUGACGUCUCAAGACAACUCUUGAAGGUGAUGGAGGGAGAGUUAAUGAAUAACAUAAUACGGAAAUGGUUUGGGAAUGAAACAGAAUGUCCACAGAAAGAUAUAAUGGUUAUAGCAUCUGAUAGCCUCACACUAGAUAGUUUUAAGGGCCUUUUCCUCAUAGCUGGUGUAUCAGCAGGCUCCGCUCUUUUCGUAUUCCUCCUCAUCUUCCUUUAUCAGAAUAGAGAAAUCUUAGCCACUGAUGAUUCAGUAUGGCAAAAGCUUUCUGCAAUAGCAAAAGUCUUUGAUAAAGAGAAAGAUAACUCUAAUUCUCAGUUGGAAAAGCCAGAAGCCAAUGAAGGCCAAACGGCUACACUGUUUGUAGCAAGUGAAGCUUCCCCUGAAAUAUUGCCCGAUAUUCCUUGGCAAAGCCCAGAAAUCAGAAUUUCCGACGGCCUAGGAGCAUCCCCUGCAGCUGAAGGUUUCUCAACAACAGAACCUGGAUCUCCAGUUCAUGAAACCAUCACACGGACAACUGAAGAGAGAUGAUACAUAUAGCUGCUACUAUAAUUAUGAACACACCUGGAUAGGGGCAAAUAGGGCCCUGCAAGAGAUUGUGCAGAGAUGAGCUAGUUAAAAUAGUUUUACCAGAUUAUAUUAUUAACUUUUGUCGCUCUGGGCCAUAAUAUUUGCAUUAAGAGGCAGCUCUAGAAUUUAGAUUUGAUAGAUUUAACAUGUAACUUUAUCCACC